AUGGUCAAAGUAACUUACAGUGACGAAACACUUGCUGAGGACUCUAGCCCGGUUGUGGUGGAAGGCAACUAUUACUUCCCCCCCGAGUCCGUCGAUAGGUCAUUCUUCGUUCCCUCAGACACAACCACUGAGUGUCCUUGGAAAGGGACAGCGUCGUACUAUUCUGCACAGAUUCAUGGUGAGACUGUAAAAGAUAUCGCAUGGUACUAUGCGAAUCCAAAACCCAAAGCAUUACAUAUCAAAGAUCAUGUCGCGUUCUACAAGGCAAGGUUAUCUUCGUGGAGUUCUUCCGCUCUAACAUUGUGA